AGCAAACAGCUGACGAAUGGACGCGUAGUUUUUCUUAUUUUAUUUCCCUCUUUUUGGCUUGGCACAACCGAAUAAACUGUGGCGACGUACACUGAAUGAUAUGUACAAAUUCCUGCUACGAAUCCUGCCAAGCCAAGCUUCACACAUACUCACACUCGGACACGUCAGGAGGAACACAAGCGGAAGCGACAUGCAGCGAUACGACAGAAACCGACAGUGGAGUCGCGUAAAGGCAGAUGGACAGGGGGGAGGACACAGGUUUAACAAGGACUCCAGCUUCAAAAUCCUCUCGUACAACAUACUCGCACAGGAUUUGCUGAUAGAACACUUUUAUUUGUAUGGAGAGAACGCCACCAACUGCCUCAACUGGCGACGCCGCCUGCAGAACAUUCAGCGUGAAAUAUUGACACUCGAUCCGGACAUACUCUGCCUGCAGGAGAUGCAAUACGACCAUAUCCAUGAUCUAAUGCAUGGCCUACGCUUGGGAAAUCAGCACAGGAGACUGGAGUACAUCUACAAAAAGAAGACUGGCCACCGCACCGAUGGUUGUGCCAUCAUCUACGAUGCCUGCAAGUUCCAGCUGCUGGACCGCAGGCCCGUCGAGUUAUACGAUGUGAAUGUGAAGCUGUUGAAUCGCCAGAACGUGGCGCUAUUUGCCAAGCUCGCGCUGAAGGGGCAGCCGCAGAAGGAGUUCAUUGUGGCCACUACCCAUCUGCUGUACAAUCCGAAGCGCGACGAUGUGCGCUGUGCGCAGGUGACGCGGCUGCUCGAGCAGCUGCAGUCAUUCUCCGUUGACCCAAAGAGUGGCCAAACAACGCCCAUAGUAUUAACUGGAGAUUUUAACAGCCUGGCAGACACAUUGCCCAUGGAAGUGCUCACUGCCCCGACCAGCGGCGGCGAUGGCCCCGCGCAGCUGCUCCAAUUUGAGAAUUUAUACAUGGGCCCGCCAGUGCCACAGCUGGCAGCGUCCACACGGCAAGACCCCGGCUGGAUCAUUGUGGACUACAUUCUGCGUUCCAUAAGCGACAAAAGCACGCACAAGCUGCAGCCGUUCAGCGUCUACGACCUGCCCAUGGUCAGCGAUUGCCACCGCAUCGGACCCAUACCCAAUCACUACCUAGGAUCAGAUCACUACUCGCUGGGCGCUCUGUUUAGCAUUGUUUAGGAACAUCUUUCGACUCAUCCAAUAAAAAGAUCCGAAAUUUCUUUGUGUAA